AUGAGCGCUAUGUUAGCGUGUCUUAGCUGUACCGUAGGAAUAUUUAAUAUAUCAAGGUUUGCGAUACUGAGUGUACAUUUUGGAGCGAGUUUCAUCAUACAGUUUUUUUUACUAUCAUUCUUUAUUGGCAUACCAUUAUUCACGCUGUACCUUUGUUUGGGUCGAGUAUUGCAAGCUGGUCCGGUGGACAUGUGGAGCAUAUCACCUAUAUUUCAAGGUGUUGGAGUGUCAUUGCUCUUAACUCAAGCGGUCAUAGGUGUUUACAGUAUAAUAGGUUUAUCCUGGAUAUUUAUAUACUUUAGAGACUCCUUCAUAACCUCUGAGGAUAAGUACAAAUGGGCUCUGCCGCAAGAGAUCAACUUUGAUGAUGCUGGUAUGAAGAAUUUCACUAAUAAAAUUCAGUUGUCCCUGCCACAGUAUUUUCAAAAUGAAGUUUUGCAAAUAAACACCGGAUCUAAUAAGUCAUCAUUUGGAUCAAUAAAAUUCCAAGUGGCGUUUAAUCUAGCUGUUGUGUGGAUGAUAGUAUUCGUUUCUCUCAGUAAAGGCUUGCGGUCGUAUGGCAAGGCUGUUUAUAUGCUGAUAUUUCUACCAAUAUGUGGGACACUUGUCCUGUGUACCAAGUUGCUCACUCUAAUACCAUCUGAUACAGUUACUAAUAUAUUUUCUGGAACUGAAUGGAACGAGUUUUUCGUCAAUAGUAAUGUACGUAUACAAUUUUUCAAUAUUUAUUGUAAGUCACGUGAACAGUCACGUGACAUUCUGAGCAGUGACGUCACAUUUCAAUAA